GAAAAUAUGACCUUCGCUACUUCCCGUUUAAAUCCUUACGUGGCAGUCUACCUGAAAGCUAGCCUGCUAGCAAGAAAGUUUCCAAUCUCACCCUCUAUAAAUUGUGCUUGUUCUGAGCCUCCUGUUACGAUACAUGUGCACUUUUAGGGUGGGUUUGAAAUCGUGGGAAUACAGAGAAUCGACAAUCGUUACGUAACGCUAGCUAAAACAUUAACAUGUUCACUGCUUCAGAGAUCGUUGUCCUUUUUGCGGUCUUGUUCUCCACAGCGUCCGGCUACUUUGUUAGCAUUGACGCUCAUGCCGAUGAGUGCUUCCAUGAGAGGGUCAACUCAGGAACCAAGAUGGGCCUAAUGUUUGAAGUUGCCGAGGGAGGCUUUUUGGACAUUGAUGUUGAGAUAACAGGACCUGAUGACAAGCAGAUCUACAAAGGAGACAGAGAGUCCAGUGGGAAAUACUCUGUAGCAGCUCACAUGGACGGGAUCUACAAGUUCUGCUUCAGCAACAAGAUGUCCACCAUGACACCAAAGAUCAUCAUGUUCACCAUCGAUAUCGGAGAGGCACCCAAGGGACAGGACAUGGAGACAGAAGCCCACCAGAACAAGCUGGAGGAGAUGAUCAAUGAGCUGGCGGUUGCCAUGACAGCAGUCAAGCAUGAGCAGGAGUACAUGGAGGUCCGGGAGAGGAUACACAGAGCCAUCAAUGACAACACGAACAGCAGGGUGGUUCUCUGGUCGUUCUUCGAGGCCUUGGUCCUGGUGGCCAUGACUUUGGGACAGAUCUACUACCUGAAGAGGUUCUUCGAAGUGCGGCGAGUGGUGUAACACCUAAAACCUUCCCCCUGCGACUUCCUGUUCCACUGUUGUCUCCAGCACAGAGAUGCCGAAUCAGUCACACCUUGAAAUAAGACUGGCAGAUUUCAGUAAAUGUCUGAGUACAAAUUGGAUCUCUUAUGUUUUUUUUGUUUUUUUUUACCCUGUUACCCCUUUGUUCCCAUCAUUAUCGAUGUGCUUGUUACUGUCGUGCGUUUUGAACUCAAGGCCUUUCAAAGAUCUUAGGUUUGAUGUCGUCAAGUUUGAUUUUCUCAUCACCGAGGAAGCAAAUGAUAUGUUAUGUAUGGAUUACUCCAUGCAGCUUGAUCAACUGCAUGAUCAGCCAUACAUUAGCUAGCGAGGUUGUAUGUCUGCCUGUCUGUAUCUGGUCAGUGGAUGGGCUGUAUAAAGUAACAAAACCAAGACAUGUAUUCGAGAGCUGCACACUGAUAGUUAAGCAAUGAUGACAGUACCAGUGAAGAAUGUAUCCCAUAUUUGACCCAUUGUUUGGACCCCUUUGCAAAUGAUCUGACAAAGUCGUUUAUAUUAAGUUUGCAGAAUGCAUCCGCUCAAGGUGAGAUACUUGGGGCUUGUUCAGGAGAGUGAAAUGUCCCAGAACGUUCAAGUAGAAAUGUAUUGUGCAAAAUAGACAUGACUAGAAUAAAGAAUUGUCUGCUUUAUAGAUCAUAUUUCUAUCUGCAACUUUCAGAAUUUUGCAUCCUGCUGAAUAUCUGAAAGCAGAUGUUUUAGCUCUUGUUGCUGUUGAGUUAUACAUAUAUAGAUCCAUGGCACAUAAUAAUUCUGAAUGUUUGUGUAUGGGAUGUGGAGGGAAAACCUUUUUACUCCCGUUACACCACAGAUUUGUUAUAGUAGGACAGCCGUCCUCAAUCCUGGCUCUGGGGAUCCACUGGGUGUGCAGGGUUUUGUUGUAGCUCAUCACUAACACACCUGAUGCAAAUAAUAAUUUAACCCUGGAUUCGUUGAUUCAGGAUUGUUACAGCUGGGCUGGAACAAAACCCUGGACCCCUGUAGGUGUAGAUAAUCAGGAAUUAAGAACACUGUAAUAAAUUAUGGGUGGGGGUCUGAACUAUGUUAUGAUUGCUGAGGCUAGGUAGUUGCCUCUACUUUUUAGACUGGUUGUAAUUUGUGGUUUUGGGUUGGUCUCUAAUUUCAUACCUUUUAGUUUUCUGAUGCAUAUUCAGUGGGGUGCAACAUUCAGAAUGUAGAAAUGUUUAUGUAUAGAAUGGACAUGCCUUUUUAUUAGAGGAUGAAUUGUAGGUAUAGCCUGUCUAAUCUAUACACUACAUAUCUAUCUGCAACACCAUAAAUGUUGCAUCUUACUGAAUAUGCCUCAGUCUGUUUUGUACUUUACCUGAUCUGAUUAGCUCAGGCACAACUGUCACCAUGAGACUGGAGUGACUGCUGAGGAGAAAUAAGAUCAAGUGACUCCGGUACGUCAAUGAAAUUCUGCUAACUGGAUCUGUAAACUUUAAGAAAGAUGCUUGUCUGUGGAUCCAGGUUUAAUAAAACAAAAAUGAUACUUUAAAAUGCUGUUCAA